CUUUACACGCGCAUUCGUGAAAAUGGCGCCGUGGUAGCGCUAAUCUUGCGAUUACCAACACUCAAACCCAACUAUAUAGAAGUAGCUGGUGGUGGCGCUGUCGAAUUUUUUGUACAUCAAAAUAAUCAAAAUAGAGCGUUUUCCAGCGCCCGAAUCAGUCCGUGCGAGCGAUCGGACGCGCGGAGUGUGUCUGAGUGCGAAGCGAAUAAAAGAACGGGCGCCGCUGGCCGCCAAACAGGGGGAACAACAAAAGACCCAGCAGAGAGGGGCCAGUGAAACUAAGAUAACACACGCGACGGACAAACGACCGACGGUCGGGUGAGUGAAAGGAGGGCGGCGGGUCGCGGAAUUCGGAUUUCACAUUUCAGCGGAGCACCCGCGACCGUUUCAGCCUUUUUGGCCAAGUUGGCCGCUGGCAUGCAAAGGACUCUGUUACUGGAGAAACCCCACCACAGGAUGAGAAGCGGCAGCAGUUGAUCGCAUCGGAUUGGAUUGGAUCAGAAACAACUAGCUAGCGCUCCAGCUCUCCUCCAGCACACACACUCACUCACUCAACCCACACACCCGCUCAUCCGAUCAUCCGCCUGCGACGCAUCCAGCAAGAUGAACACUAGCCAGACAGCUGCCGGUAAUCGGAUAACGUUCACCACCAGCCAGCCACUGGCCAAUGGCACCAUCAACAUAGCCGGCAAUCCCGGCGCCGUCAUAUCGACGGCCCAGCUGCCAAACACCACCACGAUCAAGACGAUUCAGGCGGGGAUCGGCGCCGGCCAGCAUCCGGGACUGCAGCAGUCGGGGACGCAGCAGACGCAAUCCGUAGGUGCCACCCAAACACAAACCCUAGUUAUUAAAUCCAACCACCAUGCUGUCACCCUGCCGGCGGGUCUAGUCUCAAGUGCACCAGCAGGAAUCGUAACCAUGACCAAGACCAUCAAUCAGGCCGGUCAGCCGCUGUUGAACUCGAUGCUGCCAGCGGGCGUAGUGGUGGGAAUGCGCCACCAGGCGCCAUCCCAGCAGCAGCCGAAGAAUGUACCCGCCAAUCCGAUCAGCCGGGUGGUGAUCAACUCGCACAUGGCGGGCGUGAGGCCGCAGAGUCCAUCGAUAACUUUAAGCACACUGAACACGGGCCAGACCCCGGCACUGCUGGUGAAGACGGACAACGGAUUCCAGCUGUUGCGCGUGGGCACGACGACGGGUCCACCGACGGUGACACAAACAGUAACCAAUACCAGCAACAAUAGUAACAACAACAACAAUAGCAGCAGCAACAACAACACAACAAGCACCACAAACCUAUCCUCAACCACACAGAUACGACUGCAAACUGUGCCGGCUGCAGCUGUAAGUAGAUACCAACAACAACAACAACAACAACAGCAAUCGCAGCAGCAGCAACAACAACAAUCGCAACAGCAGCAGCAACAACAACAACAACAAUCGCAGCAACAAGCAUCCAGCACUACCGCCACAACCACUAGCAUAGCACUCCGCAAAACGAUUGUCCGUACUUCAUCCACAAUCCCAUCCAGCAAUAACAACAAUAAUAAUAAUAACAGUAUUAUCAAUGCCACAACCACCUCCAACACUACCACCACCACCACCACCAACAACAGCAACAAAUUACCCGCUACUAACCAGCAGCAGCACCACCACCACCAGCAGAAGCUCCAUCAGCAGCAACAGCAUCUCAAGGCCCAACAGCAGCAGCAGCAGAAACAGCAGCAACAGGCCUCGGCUGCUGCUGCCGCUGCCGCCGCCGCCAAUGUGGCGGCCACCAUAAAGAUCAAGCAAAACUCUUUGCCCAACACGACCGCCUCCAACAACAUUAUUGUCAAUUCGGUGGCCGGUGGCUACUCCAACGCCUCCCAGCCGCCCCACCUGACGCAACUGAACUCGCAGGCCCCCCACCUGCCGCAGAUAACGCAGAUCCAGACGAUACCGGCUCAGGCAAACAACACGGGGACGACGGCGGGCAGCACCACGACAUCGGCGACCACGACGACCACGCAGCAAGGAAAUACCAAAGAAAAGUGUCGCAAGUUUCUGGCCAAUCUGAUCGAGCUGUCGACACGGGAACCGAAGCCGGUGGAGAAGAAUGUGCGCACGCUCAUCCAGGAGCUGGUGAACGCGAAUGUCGAGCCAGAGGAGUUUUGCGACCGCCUGGAGCGCUUGCUCAACGCCAGCCCGCAGCCCUGUCUGAUCGGAUUCCUCAAGAAGAGCCUCCCGCUGCUGAGGCAGGCGCUCUUCACCAAGGAGCUGGUCAUCGAGGGCAUCAAGCCCCCGCCCCAGCAUGUACUGGGCCUAGCCGGACUCUCUCAACAGCUGCCCAAAAUCCAAGCGCAAAUCCGUCCGAUAGGCCCCAGCCAGACAACGACCAUUGGACAGACGCAGGUGCGCAUGAUCACGCCGAAUGCUCUGAACUCGCCGCGACCCACCAUUGGCCACACCACGAUAUCGAAGCAGUCGCCCAACAUACGACUGCCCACGACCCCGCGGCUGGUCAGUACGGGAGCCAUUCGGAGUCAGAUUCCUUCGCUGCAGGUUCCAGGACAAGCGAACAUUGUACAGAUUCGAGGACCUCAACAUGCCCAGCUUCAACGCACUGGAUCGGUGCAGAUCAGAGCCACCACCCGUCCGCCGAACAGUGCGCCAAACAGUGCGGGCAAACUCACUGCCGUCAAGGUGGGCCAGACCCAGAUCAAGGCUAUCACACCCAGCCUGCACCCGCCCUCGCUGGCCGCCAUUUCCGGCGGUCCGCCGCCCACGCCCACGCUGUCCGUGCUGUCCACCAUCAACUCUGCGUCGUCGACAUCGCUGCCGGUGCCCUCGCUGCCCACGGUCCACUUGCCACCCGAAGCUCUGAGGGCCCGCGAGCAGAUGCAGAACUCCUUGCACCACAACAACAACAACCACUUCGAGCCGAAGCUGGUGGAGAUCAAGGCGCCGUCCCUGCAUCCGCCGCACAUGGAGCGCAUCAAUGCGUCGCUCACCCCCAUCGGAGCCAAGACCCUGGCGAAGCCCUCGCCGAUGAUCAGCAAAGCUGCGAGUAAAAAGAGGCGCGAUGGCCUGGACGGCAGGGAUGCGGAUGGGAAGCUGAUUGGGGCCGGAGGAGCAGCGGGUGCGGCGACCACGGCCAAUUCGUUUUUCCAGCAGAGUUCCAUGUCGACCUCGAUGUACGGGGACGAUGACAUCAACGAUGUGGCGGCCAUGGGCGGCGUCAAUCUGGCGGAGGAGUCGCAGCGAAUUCUCGGCUGCACCGAGAACAUCGGCACCCAGAUCCGCUCCUGCAAGGACGAGGUGUUCCUAAACCUGCCGGCGCUACAGGCCCGAAUAAGGGCCAUCACCACGGAAGCUGGGCUGGACGAGCCGACGCAGGAUGUGGCCGUGCUGAUAUCGCACGCCUGCCAGGAGCGCCUGAAGAACAUUGUCGAGAAGUUGGCUGUGAUAGCGGAGCACCGCAUUGAUGUCAUCAAGUUGGAUCCUCGGUACGAAACCGCCAAGGAUGUCCGCGGCCAGAUCAAGUUUCUGGAAGAGCUCGACAAGGCCGAGCAGAAGCGACACGAGGAGCUGGAACGUGAGAUGCUGUUGCGGGCGGCCAAGUCGCGAUCGCGAGUGGAGGAUCCCGAGCAGGCCAAGAUGAAGGCGAGGGCCAAGGAGAUGCAGCGCGCGGAGAUGGAGGAGCUGCGCCAGAGGGACGCCAAUCUGACGGCAUUGCAGGCAAUCGGACCACGAAAAAAGCUUAAGUUGGACGGGGAUGCGGCCAGUGCGGGAGCGGGUUCCAGUAGCGGGGGACUGCUGAGCAGCUCGGGAUCGGUGCCAACGACGUUACGACCGCGCAUCAAGCGCGUCAACCUGCGCGACAUGCUCUUCUACAUGGAGCAGGAACGAGAGUUCUGUCGCAGCACCAUGCUGUUCAAGACGUACCUCAAGUGAUUGCGGCUGUUGUCCAUCGCACGCAUCGCCGUCAGCUCCACGCUGGCCCCCCUCCUCCCGCUCCUCGGGCUGGCGUGGCGUCGUUGCGUCUCCUGCUCCAAAGCUUCCUUCAUUUGCAAUAUUAAUUAGCCUCCCCCCCAUUUUACAGCAUCCUCCUCCUACACGCCUCUUUCCCUAUUGUUGUUUUCUUUUUAGCUAGGCCAAACCUAUUUAAUUUUUACAAUUAUUAUACACACAUUUUUACAUUUAUAUUCUAAUUUCUAAUUGCAAUUGAUUUUAAGAUUAGUUUAAAUACGAUUAUUUCCCCCAAACACCCCCCAAUAAACUGUUCGUAAAACUUAAACCAAACCAAUCCAAAAACAAAACACAAACCAGAGUAACGCAAAGUAACGAAAAAUAAUAUAAAAAUUGUAUGAGAAUGGAGCCCGCAGUCAGGUGGCGUUUGAAUUGUAAUUUGUAACAUAGUGUUUGCAUUAACUGCAUUGACGGCCUUAUCUAAACGAUAUAAACAUAUACAUUAAUAUUUAAUUAUUUAGCUUAGUUUGUUAAACGAAAACGAAGCAUAAUUCCUAGACGAUAAGCGAGAAACAACAAGAGAGUGCGAGUGCGCGACAGUUUUUGGUUUUUAAAACCCCACGAUCGGCAAAAACAGAUAUCGGGCGUACAUUGAAUUAGCUCUAGUUGUUUAAACAGAAGGAUGUAAUUUUUAAAAACAAACCCAAAACCAAUUGUAAAAAACGUUUUUGUGAAAUUAUUCGGAGUCGCGAUCCCCAACCCAAUUGUAAAUACAGGCUAGGCUACGAUUUUUCUAAUAGUUAACUAGGUAAACAAAAACAAGCGUAUAUAACAAAUUCUCGAGCUGACCAGGCCCAUCUUGGCACUGGGCGCUCCAAAAUUAAAUAUGUUUUUAUUAGCGGCGCUCGUUCAUCCAUUUAUUAACAAAAACACGGUUCACUAGACUGUAAGCGUGCAUUAUUAUUUCUCGUGCAAGGUUCGAAACUGACCAAAAAUCGGCCUCUCAAGUCCCAGGAUGCAAUUCGACCCGAAUAUACAACCCAAACCCACACACAAAUAGACAAAUUUUUUUAUACAAUUAGCCAGAUAAAUCUUGUAAAAUAUAAAUCUAUUUAAUUGACAAACAAUUGAUGUAAUUCAGCAAAAAUCAAUACAAAAAAAAAACUAAAGAAUUCAAUGUGUGUAUAUUAAAUUAAUCUAUUAAACGUAUAAAAAACAGGCAAAGCAACCGUAAACACAGCGCAUAGUUUGGUAGGCAUACAACUGAAUAUAUAUAUAAAUAGUAUAUAUACUUAUUAUGUUUUAAAAUUAAGCGAAAUAAAAAAAUUCAGAAAACUUUUCAACUGAGCACGCCACCAAUUAUUGUAUGGGAAAUGUUGAAAUGUUUCUAAUUAUUUACAAAUCAUUUUUUACGACGGAUGGAACAUGUAACGGUAUCUCAGUUAAUUAGCUAGUUAAAUCAUUAAAUUUUAUGUAGUUGAAUUAAAUUAAAUAAUUUUAUUGAUAUUUUUAUAUAUUCAUUUUAUGUUAAUUAUUACUGCAAUUUUGUGUAGACCCCAUACAGAAAUUCUAACACGAAAUAAAUAGUAACCAAAUUUACAUUUGGACUCAACCAGAAAAACAC